GGUGCCGGGGCGGGCGGCGGCGGCGGGAGCCGGCUGCAGACGGAGCCGGGCGGCCGAGGACGCAGCGCGGCGCCUGGCGACAGCUCGAGCCGCGGGCGCAGCGGCCGCGCGGGGAGCGCGCCCAUGGGUAGCGCGGGACGGCGGCGGGCGGCGAGGCCCCGGCUUCUGCGCGCCGGCCCUGGCGGGGUCCAGAGGACCGCGGCUCCGAGGUUGUUGCUGCUGCAGGUUGUGAACUCCAGGCUCUGCCAGCGGAAGUUGCAGUCUUUUUAGGCAAAGGAAUGCUAAUGACAGAAGUAUUAAAGAGUGCUGCUGAAGCCGGGACAGUGUCACCACAGCCGCUGGAGCACGCUCGUCGUGGUCUCGGAGAGACUGUGCUUUGAGGAUGCUGUCUGCUUUUGGUGAAAAAGGCAGCCACCUUUCUGUCUGUGUGAUGACCAUGGAGGGUGGCUCACACCACUGCUACUGAUAACUGCUUCUUGCUCCUGUGGACAUGAGUGAUCCAAGGCCAUCACAGGCAGAGAAGCACAAGCUUGGCAGAGCUGCCACCAAAUUCAAGGACCCUUCCAGAGCCAUGCAGUCCGAUGAUUAUUUUGCUCGGAAAUUUAAAGCCAUCAAUGGCAGCAUGGGACCUGCUACUUUAAACACUUCCAGUCCAAGUGAGGGUGGGGGAGGUGGGGGUGGGCCAGCCAAUGGUACCCCAGCAGUGCCCAAGAUGGGCGUGAGGGCCAGAGUGUCAGAGUGGCCUCCUAAAAAGGACUGCUCCAAGGACCUGGCUUGCAAGACACUGUGGGAGAGUCGUUCUCAGUCCAGCUAUGAGAGUGUCACCUCUAUCAUCCAGAAUGGCCAAAAUGACCAGGGUGACAGGCAGCCAGAGGAGCAGCUGGACCUGGACUUUGUGGAAGCGAAGUACACCAUUGGAGACAUCUUCGUCCAUUCUCCCCAGAGAGGGUUGCACCCCAUACGACAGAGGAGCAACAGUGACAUCACCAUCAGUGACAUUGAUACUGAGGAUGUCCUGGACCAACACGCAGUCAACCCCAACACGGGAGCAGCCCUGCACAGGGAGUAUGGGAGCACUUCAUCUAUUGACAGGCAGGGUCUGUCUGGAGAAAAUGUUUUCGCCAUGCUCCGAGGGUACCGAAUAGAGAGUUAUGACCCUAAAGUGACCAGCUCCUUUGGGUUUCCAGAUUUCUUUCCCUGUGACACCGCCAUCUCCCCCAGCCUCCAUGCGGCGGCCCAGAUUUCCAGAGGAGAGUUCGUUCGCAUCUCAGGGUUGGACUACAUGGAUGGUGGCCUCUUGAUGGGGAGGGACAGAGACAAGCCCUUCAAGCGCAGGCUAAAGUCGGAGUCCGUGGAAACCUCACUCUUCCGAAAACUUCGGACAGUCAAGAGUGAGCAUGAGACCUUCAAGUUCACUUCUGACCUGGAGGAGGGCCGCCUGGACCGAGGCAUCCGCCCGUGGAGUUGCCAGAGGUGCUUUGCCCAUUACGAUGUGCAGAGUAUCCUCUUCAACAUCAAUGAAGCCAUGGCCACGAGGGCCAGUGUAGGAAAGAGAAAGAACAUCACCACAGGGGCCUCCGCAGCGUCACAGACCCCGGUUCCCGUAGGCCCAGCUGGAGGCUGCGAGUCCCCGCUGGGCAGUAAGGAGGACCUCAACUCCAAGGAGAACCCAGAUGCCGAUGAGGGUGACGGGAAGAGCAACGACCUGGUCCUCAGCUGUCCAUACUUUCGCAAUGAGACCGGCGGGGAAGGCGACAGACGCAUUGCCCUCUCUCGGGCCAACUCAGCCUCUUUCAGCUCUGGGGAGAGCUGCUCCUUUGAGUCAUCCCUCAGCUCACACUGUACCAAUGCAGGUGUCUCCGUCUUGGAGGUGCCACGGGAGAACCAGCCUAUCCACAGGGAGAAGGUCAAACGCUACAUCAUAGAGCACGUCGACCUCGGGGCCUACUACUACCGCAAGUUCUUCUAUGGCAAAGAGCACCAGAACUACUUUGGAAUAGAUGAAAAUCUUGGCCCCGUGGCGGUCAGCAUCCGGAGGGAAAAGGUGGAAGAUCCCAGGGAGAAAGAAGGGUCGCAGUUCAACUACAGGGUGGCCUUCAGGACAAGUGAGCUCACAACUCUGAGGGGAGCAAUCCUAGAAGACGCUGUCCCCUCCACAGCCCGGCACGGCACCGCCCGGGGCCUGCCCCUCAAGGAGGUCCUGGAGUAUGUCAUCCCAGAGCUGAGUAUCCAGUGUCUGCGGCAAGCAGCCAACUCCCCCAAGGUCCCAGAGCAGCUGCUCAAGCUGGAUGAGCAGGGGCUGAGCUUCCAGCACAAAAUUGGGAUCCUGUACUGCAGAGCUGGGCAGAGCACGGAGGAGGAAAUGUACAAUAACGAGACCGCAGGGCCGGCCUUCGAGGAGUUCCUGGACCUCCUCGGCCAGAGAGUGCGGCUGAAGGGCUUCAGCAAGUACCGAGCGCAGCUGGACAAUAAGACGGAUUCCACAGGGACUCACUCCCUCUAUACCACAUAUAAAGACUUCGAACUCAUGUUCCAUGUGUCGACACUGCUUCCGUACAUGCCAAACAACAGGCAGCAGCUUCUGAGGAAGAGGCACAUCGGGAACGACAUUGUCACCAUCGUCUUCCAAGAGCCCGGCGCCCUCCCCUUCACCCCCAAGAACAUCCGUUCACACUUCCAGCAUGUCUUCGUCAUAGUGAAGGUGCACAACCCCUGCACUGAAAAUGUGUGCUACAGUGUUGGAGUUUCCAGGUCAAAGGAUGUCCCUCCCUUCGGUCCCCCAAUUCCCAAAGGUGUAACUUUUCCAAAGUCGGCUGUCUUCCGGGACUUCCUUUUAGCCAAAGUGAUCAAUGCAGAAAAUGCGGCCCAUAAGUCAGAGAAAUUCCGGGCCAUGGCUACCCGAACCAGGCAAGAAUACUUGAAGGAUUUAGCUGAGAACUUUGUCACAACUGCCACAGUGGACACUUCUGCAAAAUUCAGCUUCAUCACCCUGGGGGCAAAGAAGAAAGAGCGGGUAAAGCCAAGGAAGGAUGCACACCUGUUCAGCAUCGGGGCCAUCAUGUGGCACGUGGUGGCACGGGACUUUGGCCAGUCAGCGGACAUUGAGUGUCUUCUGGGAAUCUCCAAUGAGUUCAUCAUGCUGAUAGAGAAGGAUUCCAAGAAUGUCGUGUUUAACUGUUCCUGUAGGGAUGUGAUUGGCUGGACUUCAGGGUUAGUGAGCAUCAAAGUUUUCUAUGAACGGGGAGAGUGCCUUUUGCUCUCCUCAGUGGAUAACCGUUCCGAAGACAUCCGAGAGAUAGUGCAGCGACUGGUAAUAGUAACAAGAGGCUGCGAGACUGUCGAAAUGACCCUCAGACGGAACGGGCUGGGCCAGCUUGGCUUCCAUGUGAACUUUGAAGGAAUUGUUGCCGAUGUGGAACCUUUUGGCUUUGCCUGGAAGGCAGGCCUUCGCCAAGGGAGCCGACUCGUGGAGAUCUGCAAGGUGGCUGUGGCCACGCUGACCCAUGAGCAGAUGAUUGACCUACUGCGGACAUCUGUGACUGUGAAAGUGGUUAUCAUCCAGCCCCACGAGGAUGGCUCUCCCCGCAGGGGCUGUUCAGAGCUCUGCCGGAUCCCCAUGGUGGAAUACAAGCUGGACAGCGAGGGCACACCCUGUGAAUACAAGACACCUUUUAGGAGGAAUACCACGUGGCAUCGUGUGCCCACCCCUGCCCUACAGCCAGUUUCCAGAGCCUCACCUGUGCCUGGCACACCAGACCGACUACAGUGCCAGCCGCUGCUGCAGCAGGCCCAGGCCGCCAUCCCGCGGAGCACAUCCUUUGAUAGGAAGCUGCCUGAUGGCACCAGAAGUUCUCCCAGCAACCAGUCAUCAUCCAGCGACCCAGGACCUGGUGGGAGCGGACCCUGGCGGCCACAAGUGGGCUACGAUGGGUGCCCAUCCCCCCUCCUGCUGGAGCACCAGGGCCCAGGCUCUGUGGAGUGUGAUGGAACCGGGGAGCACGAGGACCUCUUGGAGGGAGGAAGGCUUCCAGAAACCAAAUGGCAUGGCCCACCUUCCAAAGUCCUGAGCUCCUAUAAGGAAAGAGUGCUGCAGAAAGACGGAAGCUGCAAAGAGUCCCCCAAUAAGCUAUCUCACAUUGGGGAUAAGAGCUGCUCCAGCCACUCCAGCAGCAACACUCUUUCUAGUAACACCUCCAGCAACAGUGAUGACAAGCACUUUGGGUCAGGGGACCUGAUGGACCCCGAGCUGCUGGGACUGACCUACAUCAAAGGCGCAUCCACCGACAGUGGCAUCGAUACUACGCCGUGCAUGCCAGCCACCAUCCUUGGCCCAGUGCAUCUGACAGGCAGCAGGUCCCUGAUGCACAGCCGGGCCGAGCAGUGGGCUGAUGCUGCUGAUGUCUCGGUAGCUGAUGAUGACCCUGCCAAGAUGUAUGCCCUGCAUGGCUAUGCCUCUGCCAUCUCCAGCAGCGCUGCCGACGGUAGCAUGGGUGACCUCAGUGAGGUCUCCUCCCACUCCAGUGGCUCACACCAUUCAGGAAGCCCCUCUGCUCACUGCUCCAAAAGCACUGGGUCUCUGGACAGCUCCAAAGUCUACAUUGUCACUCACAGCAGCAGUCAGCAGGCACCUGGGGCUGUGGCAAAGCCUUACCACAGACAAGGAGCAGCAAACAAAUAUGUCAUUGGCUGGAAAAAGUCAGAAGGUAGCCCACCACCCGAGGAACCCGAAGUGACUGAAUGCCCCAGGAUAUAUGGCGAGAUGGACAUCAUGUCCACAGCCACUCAGCACCCAGCAGUGCUGGGAGAGUCUGUUUCAGAAACUCAACAUGUCCUAUCCAAAGAUGACUUUCUGAAGUUGAUGCUGCCGGACAGCCCCUUAGUGGAGGAGGGGAGACGGAAGUUUUUGUUCUAUGGGAACGUGUCUCCACGGAGGUCACUGUACCGAACAUUGUCCGAUGAGAGUGUGUGCAGCAACCGGAGGGGCUCUUCCUUUGCCAGCUCACGAAGCUCCAUCCUGGACCAGGCGCUGCCCAAUGACAUUCUGUUCAGCACGACUCCACCCUACCACAGUACGCUGCCUCCAAGAACCCACCCUGCACCCAGCAUGGGAAGCUUACGGAAUGAGUUCUGGUUCUCGGAUGGGUCCUUAUCAGACAAGUCCAAGUGUGCAGAUCCUGGGCUGAUGCCGCUGCCAGACACAGCUGCAGGGUUAGACUGGUCCCACCUCGUGGAUGCUGCACGAGCAUUUGAAGACCAGAGGGUAGCCUCCUUCUGCACCCUGACCGACCUCCAGCAUGGACAAGAGCUAGAAGGGGCCCCAGAGCUGCCCUUGUGUGUAGAUCCCACCAGUGGCAAAGAAUUCAUGGAUACACCUGGGGAGCGAUCACCCUCCACACUGACUGGGAAAGUUAACCAGCUAGAACUGAUUCUCCGACAACUGCAGACUGACCUUCGGAAGGAGAAGCAGGACAAGGCUGUACUGCAGGCUGAGGUCCAGCACCUGAGGCAGGACAACAUGCGGCUGCAGGAAGAGUCACAGACGGCCACAGCCCAGCUGCGCAAGUUCACCGAGUGGUUUUUUAGCACCAUUGACAAGAAGGCCUGAUCAGCUCGCUGCUCCUCACCGUGGGACCACGGGCUGGUCGGCCUGCCUGCCUGCCACCCUGCCUACCCGUGGUCCCUUCCAAGUCAGCAAUGCAGUUUUUCCAUGUGCUUUCCAUCACCUGUAGGUAGAUGUCUCACCGUCUGUCUGUGUCUCUACUCACCCCAGCAGGCAGGUCAGGGGCCUGGCCUCCGGUGUAGCUGCAGCAGGAGAUGAAUGUAACUGCUGGUGGACACUGACAUAGCCUGUAGCUGAGUGGUUUCCCUGGCGAUGCUCGGGCCUCAGCUUCCUGCGGGGAGAGAACCUAAGCAGGUGACCUGCAGAGAUGCUAAGCCAGUGUACGAUGGCAGGGCUGUAGGGUUGUAAAAUAAAUAGGGAGGCAGAGAAUCAGACAUGUACUUUAAUGUUAAAGGUGCUCUAUUUUUUUGGAUGUACAGUAGUUUUAUUUCCACAGCCGCAUUAUCAUAGCAAUAAGAAGGGCGCGCAGUAGGCAGUCUGCAGAGCUCUGUCAGAAACAGACCCUGAAGUUUAACACUAGCACGAACGCUGUUGCUGUAGAGACAUAUUUAUUUGCAGGAACAAACGGUGCCUGAAUAUUAACAGUGUUCUGAAUUUUUUUAAAAAGAGAUGCGUAUGCCUUGUGAACGGCUGGACCUGUCGGUAGUCACUCCCGCGUGCGUAGCUUGCUUUCUUGUAGUUGCUCUGCUGCAGACAGUCAGUCUACCCUCCCUGAUAGAGCCCCCGAUGCUGAGUGUCAGCAGGAUCCUGUGUCCAACACCAGAUCUGUUUAUCUUUGUACAGAACCUCUGAUAAAGUGUCUUGUAUUUAACACUCUUAUUUAAGCUUAUUUAACCCUACCUUGUUAAUUUUAUAUGAUUUUGUUUCACCUGCGCUAGCUGUAAGGCGGGAGGCAGGCAGGCAGUGACUGAGCUCACCUGGACCCGACUGAAGCAGGUGGGCGAGCUGAGGACCGGAUGCUGCUGGCUAACACGUUGUUUGUAUUGCUUCUCCAUUUUUAACUGUUAUAUUUGAGAUGAACAUACAUUUUGCUUUUUUAAUAAAUGUUCAAAAGAAGUCAA